CUUAUCUUCAUUCUUCAAGCUUUCAAGUUUCAAAAAUAACUGAACAUGAUUCGCAAUGUGUUACGCUCGUUAUAGUACAGCUCAUACUUGCUUUAAAUUUUAUUCAUAGGUCACAUGUAUCUGGCGGCCACGGUGACCUUUUAAUAUAAAUUAUUAUUGAUUAUAAUUUCUAGUGCUCUGAUAUCCUGAAAAUCAAGUUCCGAUUAUCCGAGCUUCUGCAGAUUUCUGAUAUCAAUUCGUAUUCGCGCACUAAAGAAGCUAGCUGUACCGGCUUGUGAUAUAAUCUUCCAUUGAGUUCAGCUGUAAUCGUUGUAUUCUUCCAGUCGAAAUGGCUGCUCCGAAAAAAGUCUGCAUCGUUGGCUCUGGAAAUUGGGGUUCUGCCAUCGCUAAACUUGUCGGUUAUAAUGCUGCUCGAUUUGAUACAUUCGAUGAUACGGUUACGAUGUACGUUUAUGAAGAGAAUAUCAACGGACGGAAAUUGACUGAAAUUAUCAAUACCGAACACGAAAAUGUUAAAUAUUUACCCGGACAUAAAUUACCAGCCAAUGUUCUUGCUGUACCCGAUUUGAUAGAAGCUGCCAAAGAUGCAGAUAUUCUGAUAUUCGUCGUUCCUCAUCAAUUCAUCAAAGGGCAAUGUGAAACUUUACGCGGUAAAAUAAAAUCUACUGCCGUAGGAUUAUCGUUGAUCAAAGGUUUCGACAGAGCUGAAGGUGGUGGAAUCGACUUAAUUUCUCAUAUUAUCAAUAGAAUACUGGGUAUUGAAGUAAACGUUCUGAUGGGAGCGAACUUAGCUCACGAAGUAGCUGAAGAAAAAUUCUGUGAAACGACUAUCGGUUGUAAAGAUAAAGUAAUGGCUCCCAUCUUGAAAGACUUGAUUGAAACUGAUAAUUUCAAAGUUUCGGUCGUCAGCGAUGUCGAUACUGUUGAAGUUUGCGGUGCAUUAAAAAAUAUCGUAGCUUGCGGCGCAGGUUUUGCCGACGGAAUGGGUCUUGGUGAUAACACGAAAUCAGCUAUUAUUCGUCUAGGUUUAAUGGAGAUGAUCAAAUUCGCCGAAACGUUCUAUAAUUCGAAACAUCUUUCAACUUUUACCGAAUCCUGCGGUGUGGCUGAUUUAAUCACUACGUGUUACGGAGGUCGUAACCGUAAAGUUUCCGAAGCUUUCGUGACAUCUGGAAAAUCGAUAGAAGAUUUAGAAAAAGAAAUGCUCAACGGUCAAAAAUUACAAGGACCGGUUACCGCCGAAGAAGUGAAUUAUAUGCUCAGAAAUAGAAACAUGGAAAAUGAAUUUCCAUUGUUUACGGCUGUUUAUAAAAUAUGCACUGGUCAAAUGCCGCCUCAUACUUUAAUCGACCAAAUUAGGAAUCAUCCUGAACACAAAUUGAGAAUGCCUCCUUCCUAUAAUACUGCAAGAAAUGCUCCAGCGAUUAGUAGAUUUAGUCGGUUAACAAUAUCACUUUUCACGUAUUGGAUGCGUCGAUAAACUAUUAUAUAACAGAAAAAUGCCAUCAGAUGAGAUGGUAGGUUACCAUUCUGUAAACCAGUGCCAUCUUUAGUAUCGCUUACUCUUCUUCAUUAGUUAUACCUGUUAAAUUUUAAAUUUAAGUACUGCAAUCCAGGAUUGUCAUGUUAUGUGUCAUUUUAAUUAAAUAGUCGUUUUUGUACUAACUCGAUAUGAAUGAUUGAUGUUUCUACAUGUAUCUGUGAUAAAAUGUGCAUGAUUGUUAUUAUAAUUGUAUGGGACUAUAUUUUUUAAAUUAUUUUCCAAUUGAAAUGUUACCAUUGAGCCUGAGGUGUGUUUCGUUUGAAUUCUUCGAUAUGAUAUGAUUCACUUUAAUUAUUAAAAGAUAUACUGAAAUUUUGGAAUAGGUGCUCAGAUAUUUAAAAAUCCCGUUUAACGGUGUAGUUAUUUAAUACUAGUACUUACUUGCGUUACCAAAAAAUUUGUCCUUUUAAAAAAGUAUUCCGAUGUUGAUUUAGUUUCAUAUAAUUUAUUCUUUAGUCUUCGUAAUAAUUUACUCAAUCAGUAUGCAUAUCUAUUUUUGUGUAAAUGGAUCUCGUAUAGUAAUAUGGUAGGCAAAAAUUACGUUCAAGUGAUAAACUUUGUUUUCCAUUUUACUGCACCAAUUCGUUUUUAAGGAUAUUUUAUGAAUACGAAGUGUGCUUUCAAGUUCAUUCGUAUGUACGUUGUAUCGUUCCUAUAAUACAUAUAUCGUCGCACGUUUCUAUAAAAAAUAGUGAUUAACACUGAUUAUACUGUAUGGAUGUUCGCAUAUGUUUAAGAAAUUAAAUUGCACCUGUAUUGAAAUAUUUGCAUAUGAAUACAAAUUUUCAAUAUUU